AUGCUCACGAGAUCAAAACUUGCUCUCCGCUUGAGCAAACGAUCACACUCCCGUCACCGUGGGAGAAGCUUCUCCGAUUCAACCAACGAAUGGGAGAAGCUUCUCAAACCCUACGAUCUCGACACACUCAAGAACACACACCCCAAGAUCACACCUUCACAGCUCUGCAACCUCCUCGAGCUCCCUCUCGACGUCCCCACAUCACUUGCUCUCUUCUCAUGGACAGCCUCCCAAACCGGUUACAAACACUCCUUCGAAACCUACCAAACCCUAAUCCGCAAACUCGGAUCCGAAUCAGAGUUUGCCACAAUAGAUAAACUCUUACUCCAGAUGAAACAAGACGGACUCUGUUUUAAAGAAUCGGUUUUCAUCUCGAUAAUGAGAGAUUACGGCAGGUCUAAUCUCCCCGGACAGACGACGAGGUUGUUGCUAGAGAUGAGGAACGUGUUCUCCUGCGAACCCAGUUUCAAAUCUUACAACGUUGUGUUGGAAGUUUUGGUUUUUAGCGGGUGUUAUAAAGUUGCAGCUAACGUGUUCGACGAUAUGCUUAGCAGAAGAAUCCCACCGACGCUUUUCACUUUCGGCGUUGUGAUGAAAGCGCUUUGCGCUGUUAACGAGGUUGAUUCGGGUUUGGCUUUGCUUAGAGACAUGACGAAGCAUGGGUGUGUGCCUAACUCGGUGAUUUACCAGACGCUUAUACAUUCUUUGUCGAAGUGUAGGAGAGUUAACGAGGCGCUUCAGCUUCUUGAGGAGAUGCUUUUGAUGGGUUGUGUGCCUGAUGCUGAGACGUUUAAUGAUGUUAUACUCUGUUUAUGUAAGUUUGAGAGGAUUAACGAAGCUGCGAAGAUGGUUAAUAGGAUGUUGAUGAGAGGGUUUGGUCCUGAUGAUAUAACGUAUGGUUAUUUGAUGAAUGGGUUGUGUAAGAUAGGGAGGGUUGAUGCUGCUAAAGAUUUGUUUAGUAGAGUUCCGAAGCCGAGUAUUGUGAUAUUCAACACUCUUGUUCAUGGGUUUGUGAGUCAUGAUAGGCUUGAUGAUGCUAAAUCUCUUUUGUCUGAGAUGGUAAGGUGUCAUGGUUUAGUUCCUGAUGUUGUCACGUUUAACUCGUUGAUUUAUGGUUACUUGAAGAAGGGUCUUGUAGGGUUAGCUUUAGAGGUUUUUGGGGAUAUGAGGAGUAAAGGAUGUAAGCCUAAUGUAUUCUCUUAUACAACCUUCUUUGAUGGUUACUGUAAACUAGGAAGGAUAGAUGAAGCAUUCAAUGUUCUGAAAGACAUGUCUGAUGAUGGGUUGAAACUCAACACUGCUGGUUAUAACUGUUUGAUAUCUGCUUUAUGUAAAGAACAUCGAAUCUCCGAAGCCGUCGAGGUUUUCAAAGAGAUGCCGAGGAAAGGGUGUAAACCUGAUGCGUAUACAUUCAAUACAAUGAUAUCUGGACUCUGUGAGGUUGAUGAGAUUGAACAUGCUUUGUGGUUACAUAGAGACAUGAUAUCAGAAGGUGUUGUUGCCAACACAGUUACUUACAAUACUCUGAUCAAGGCGUUUUUAAGAAGAGGUGAGAUCAAAGAAGCUCGUAAGUUAGUUAAUGAGAUGGUUUUCCAGGGGUCACCUCUUGAUGAGAUAACCUACAAUGGUUUGAUAGAAGGUCUCUGCAGAGCAGGGGAGGUUGAUAAGGCGAGAAGCUUGUUUGAGAAGAUGUUAAGAGAUGGACUUGUACCAAGCAACAUCUCCUGUAACAUACUUAUAAACGGGUUAUGUAGAAACGGGAAGGUGGAAGAAGCGGUUGAGUUCCAGAAAGAGAUGGUUCAUAGAGGAAUAACACCGGACAUUGUGACGUUUAAUAGUUUGAUUAAUGGUCUGUGUAGGGCUGGUAGGAUUGGAGAUGGUGUGGCUAUGUUUAAGAAGCUUCGGGAUGAAGGGAUAACGCCUGAUACGGUGACGUAUAAUACUUUGAUGAGUUGGUUAUGUAAAGGAGGUUUUGUUGAGGAUGCUUGUUUUCUUCUGGAAGAAGGUAUUGAAGAAGGGUUUGUUCCGAAUUGUAGAAGUUGGUCCAUUUUGUUGAGGAGUCUUGUUCCUCAAGAAACAUUAGAUAGACAGAGAAUUUAUGAAGUUGUUCUCUGAAUCCUAAAUGAUUAAGAGAGAAGCUUGUUCAGUUAAUUCAUUGUAUGUGUGUAUUGUUUUUCUCUUUGUCACCAACAUUAUAGUUGUCAUUCAUUACAAUUCCAUUGGGCUACUAUUUAAGGCCUUAGAGCACAUGUUUAAUGAAAAAUCG